CCCACGGUUUCAAAGGAAGCCUUCGCCGAAACCAAAUUCGCAUCGUUCAUCUCAUCAUUCCUUCCAAGUUCAAAGUUUAGUUCCGGUUUUCCUGACCUCUCUACUAAAACCCAUCGACUGGGAGGUUGAGGUUGUUUUUGCGGAGCGACAGACGAACCAAAUGGCAACCAGUGACAUUGCAGCCACCGAAGUAAGCGCUGCGGCGGUGGCGGCCUCCACGGACGCACCGGCAGAGAAGCCGCAGCCGCACCAGCUCGAGAGAAAGUGGACUUUCUGGUUCGAUAAUCAAUCCAAGCCCAAACAGGGCGCCGCUUGGGGCACCUCUCUCCGCAAAGCCUAUACCUUUGAUACCGUCGAAGAAUUCUGGUGUUUGUAUGAUCAGAUAUUUAGGCCUAGCAAGCUCACUGCAAACGCUGAUUUCCACUUGUUUAGAGCUGGGGUUGAACCCAAGUGGGAAGAUCCAGAGUGUGCUAAUGGAGGGAAGUGGAGUGUUGUUUGCGGCAAAAAGCCUCUCUUGGAUACGAUGUGGCUAGAAACUCUCAUGGCUUUGAUCGGAGAACAAUUUGAUGAAUCCGAAGAGAUUUGCGGGGUGGUUGCCAGCGUCCGCCAAAGGCAAGAUAAACUGGCUCUAUGGACUAAGACAGCAGCAAAUGAAGCUGUGCAGGUACGAUCUUCUCCUCUGCGGGGCUCACUUUGAUGCUAGAAUGAUUUGUUUCUUUUGAUUGAUGUGAAGAAAAGUGGAAAAUUUUGCUUCCUGUGUUCCCAUUCAAGAACUUGGGUUCAGAUGGCGGCUAAUAGCUUUUGCAAGUUACUUCCGAUGCAAACAUAUAUAUCUCUGAGUCUGACUUCCUUUCUGUCUCCUGCAAAAUUAAAUUUCAAACAGUACCAAGUGAGUUGUUUUGGAUGGGCCAUCGGUUAGAAUAUCAUGAUAGCAGAUGCAUAUGGUACCAAUGUUAAUAGGAAACUUGCGUAAAGUGGGGCUUUAUUCUGUUAUAAUCGGGAAUCUCACUUGUUGAAUUUUAUGCUGGCUCAGUAAAGUCUCUCCUAAAACACUAUUCAGUCCAUAUGGGAAGUGCAAAACAUAGAGCUUCCAAUCUUCGGUUCAUGAUUCCCUUGUUGCAAUGCGAAUUCCGUCAAUGAUCCUCUUUGCUUUCCAGUUAUUGAACUUUUUAUGAAUUCAAACCUGCCAUUCGUAUGUCAAUUUAUGACCGCUCCUUUGUUACACAGAUGGGCAUUGGACGAAAGUGGAAGGAAAUCAUUGAUACUACAGACAAAAUCACCUACAAUUUUCAUGAUGAUUCACGCAGGGAAAGAUCCAUCAAGGGACGUUACAGUGUGUGAGCUAGUUAUGGUUCCUUGGAUCUGCAGUGCAGUCUAGUUUUCGUGUCUUUGCAUUAAUUUGCAGAAUGAAUUUACAUGUAAUCUCUACUCUAGAUGUUGUAUUGAAGGUCUAGCUAGUCCAUAGUCUUUUAGCAAUCUGUACCAUUUUGGCAGCUAGAGUGGCUAUUGUGCCUGAUAGAAAGUCACAACUCACAAGAACAUAUGUUUCUUCUAUACCGAAUUUUGUGCCUUACUACUUCAUCGCUAAAUGCAGAGAUUGCCUUGGUUUGUGCAAAAGCAGAUGCUUUAAAUUUCCAGUUUAUCUUUCCUCUUGUGCUGUUAAUUUAUAGCUAAUCUAUUCUUCAUAGAACAAAAACUCGGUUGCAACAAGAACUACAGCUAAAAUUGUGAUGUCUUGAUAGUGUCAAAACACAAGGGAACUAUUACAGAUAGGAUGAAGAAUGAGAGUAACAGUAAUACAAAAGUACUACAGCAGUGGUGGUGGUGGUUCUCUCAGGGCAACUUUCCAUCUCCUUUACAAUGGAGUUCCAACACAAAAUGCACCCUAUCUUUUUUCUUCCUUCUUCUGUCUAUCAAAUCAAGCAAGGAAGCCAAGUUUCUCUCCAUUCUUCUUGGCCAACCUAAUCAGCCCUUGCCUCUGCUUUGCAUCUGCUCCUAUCGACUUGCAGAACUCGGUGAUUACCUGUGAGUGCAAGGCGAUAGCUUUGCCUCUAAGCUGAUUAAACCUCUUUUUCCCAACGAUAUUGCGAGUAACAACCACUGCAGGAGCAAAGAGACCCUUCCCUUCGUUGACGUUCUUCAUCAUUGGCGGCAUCUUCAAUGGCUUCCCGACUCUGACUUGGGUUGGAACUGACCUCGCCAGCAUGGUGGAAUCCUCCCCAGCCAUUGAAGUGCCCCAUUCCCCCAUGAAUGAGGUCCCAAAACCUCCUUUAACCCCGGUUGCAGAAAUUGAAGCAACAGCCAUUAUACACAGCAAAGAAGAAGACCAACUAGAAAGAGAAGAAAUUGGUAAAUUGCUGUGUAUCAGGGCAAGAUUCUCUCUUUUCUGCGAUGUGGGUUUUUCUUUUCAGUUUUUUUGUGAUAUUCUUCUGUGCUUUUUCUAUGGCUUGCAAGAUUUGUGGGAUCUUUUGUUGGUUGUGAAUUUGUGAUAUAAAGGGCGGGUGUGAGGAAGAGAAUGACGGAGCAAUAAGAGCCACAGAGAAGGUGGGCUUGGACUUGGAUUUUUGCGUUGGAGUUAAACACGUAGUUCAUUUUUGCUUGUGAUAUUUCAAC